UGGGCGCAACCAUUGCAUCAGUAUAGUGUUAUUCUGACAAAAACUUCAACAGUUUAUGAAGUUCAAGUGUUAAAACAAUCUUCAACAGUUUAUAUAGUUCAAGUGCUAAAAUAAUUAUAGGAGAAGAGGCGCACCUUGUCUAGGAGCAGGUAUAUUGAUGAAUUCCGGAACGAAGUUAUCUAGGACGAUGUGUGGUUUAGUUUAUUAAUUUAUUUUACGUCUCAGUAGUAUCGCCGUAUGUGAAAUACUACAUAUAAAACGCUUUCUCCUGAAAUAAGGAUAAAAUGGAACUCAUCUUUGGAGAUUCUACAUCAAAAUAUUCUGGAAUUAAAAUCUGAAAACUUUCUAUUGGUGAUUAAAAAACAUCUUAUUUUUUUUCCAAAGAUGGAAAUAAAACGAACGGGUCCAGCAUUCUCUAUUGACAAUAUUCUUCACAAAGAAAAGGAAAAUGAAUUUUCCGGAAAGUUUUGUUUUAAGUACGGACAAGAUUUUUCAAGUUUCCGUUCACAUGGAGGUAGUUUUUCUAAGGUGAAUAAAAAGGAAACAGAACUUGGUGACGAACGUUCUGAAGAUGAAAUUGACAUUGAAGGAUCCGAUUCGGAAUCUGAGACAUCACAAAGUUCGAUUUCUUCGUCACCGACAGCGGAAAUCUUAAACUUGUCAAUCCGGACGAACAAGACGGACACCAAAUACCAAAUACAAGACUUUAUGUCAGACACCGGACAUCUCCCGACCAGUUUGGGAAGUCAACAAGGUGUGUGUACGUUCAUGGAGAAGAAAUCGGACCGCAUUCUCCAAGGUCAAAAACCAAGGAAGAAGCGUUCCCGAGCUGCUUUUUCGCAUGCGCAGGUAUUUGAACUGGAGCGACGAUUCCAACACCAGCGUUAUCUAUCGGGACCGGAAAGGGCGGAUUUAGCGCACGCGCUGAAAUUGACCGAAACACAAAUAAAAAUAUGGUUCCAGAACAGACGAUACAAAACAAAACGACGCCAGUUACAACAAGAACAGAGUCUAGUCGGUUCGGCCAAGAAGGCCGCAGUGACGUUAUUGGUCAAGGAUGGAAAAAGGAUAUACAAUCCAGGGGAGAUCACUCGACCUGUACUCAUACCGUCCGUCCCGAUAUCUGGUUUCUAUCAGUACUGUUACUUCUAAUAAAUGUUUAUUAAGUGAUUCGUGUUUUUCGAAUCGUUACUUUGUUCCCUUGUUAAAGUCUUAUUACCAUUCACAAGGUGCUACGUCGUACGUCCGGAACAUUCAAUAUCAAAGUGUAUUCAGCAGUUCCCCCACAAGUAUUGGGAAGUGUGUCGGUACUCAUGUAUACAGCUGAGUAGACUAUGACAUUGGGCGUAAAUAAAAAGUAUGGGGAAAUAUGUCGAUACUUAUGUAUAAAGCUGAGUAGACUAUAGCGUUGAGUAUUAUUGGAAAAGUAUUGGGAAUGUAUGCAGCUGAGUAGACUAUGGCAAUGGGUGUCAAUAAAAAGUAUUGGAAAGUAUGUCGGUAUUCAUUUAUGCAGCUGAGUUGACUAUGACAUUGAGUGUAAAUAAAAAAGUAUUGGGAAGUAUUUCGGUACCCAUGUAUACAGCUGA